CGUGCCGGGGGGACCCGCGGGAGGCGGCCGGGCCGAGCCCAGCCGUGCCGCCGGGGCAAGUUCUCCAUUUAAAAAUAUUAAAAAUAGCCCCUCCGGCUCCAUGGUGCUGCCGAGUGAGUCAUUUCCAAACCGAAUGUCUCAGUCGCAGCCUUCCCCCCGGGAGACACAAUAAUUCUGAAACCGGGGGUGAAGGGAAAGAGAUUUUUUCCCUCCCCUCUUUUUCUAAAUAGAUUGAAUUAACACGUAGCCGCUGCAGGAGAAGACAAAAGCCGUGAGCAGCGGGCUGCCUGUUAAAAAACGUGAAGCAUAGCUCCAUCCUUUUCUCCCUUCCCUCGGGCCUCUCCCGGGUGGUGAUGCCACCCGCAUUUCCCUGAGAAGCACUGGGAGCUUCAGUGCCCAGGGCUGUCCAUUUUCAUGGAUGAAAUCUACUUUCCGUUCCUUCGGCUGUCAAACCCGUCCCCUGUCCCCUUUGCCACGGGAUGUCAGCUGCAGCCAAGGGUCCUGCCAGCAGUGACCCCAGCCGACGCCGCUCCUGGCUGUCCGUGCUGAAAGAAUAGUCCAAAGCAGAGCUAUUUUUUUCUGCCUUUUCCAGUCAUAUGAUGAUUUGUUCAUGUAAGCAGGCUGUCUCGAGCAGAGGGACUUUUUGUUUGUCAGCAACAAGUGCUGAACGUAUUUAUAGGCAAUGCUGCAAUUCUGUGGUAUGAGAGGUUUCAGUUAUGCAGAACUCGAAGGUACCUGGAUCAGAGCGCAAGAGCUGUUUACAUCUUUCAUACAGCGCUGUGUGUGCAUGCAUAUUUGAAGCAUACACCCAUAGCUCUUAUUUUACGGUGAGGCAGCAUGUCCUAGAUACAGAAGCUGAUGUGUAGGCUAUGUAGUUUUGUUUUGUUUUGUUUUGUUUUUCUAAAACAGAAGCUACAGUCCGACUGUGCAGCAGUCCCUAAUGGUGCGGACAGACCAUGGGAGACAAGACGCUGUGCUGUCCUGAUAAACCGGCUUUCCUUAAACUUGGAAGCCACCUAGCUAGGGGUAAAGUCCUGUCCUCUGACCCCUGUGAAGAACUUUGUUAGUGCUUUGGCAACAAAAAAUGACCUAGAGCUGAAAAUAUGUACAGUAAGAUACGCCAGCUAUUUUGCAGCCAUGUGAAAGAUUUUAGGUUUGAGAAUACGAUCUGGGGCAGUAACCCAAAUCUAAUGCCAUUGCUGUGUUGUUGCAGGCUGAGGCCUUGGAUUUGACAACUUGUUGAUGCCAGUGAGAUUCACACUUGGACCUUCAAGAGGAGAGAAUUUCUGACAGCCCUGCUCCACUCCACCUGACCCUAUGACUGGGGGGUUCACCAUAGCUCCAUCCUUUGCUCUCCAGUUCCACAAGAUGGGUUCGUUCAGAAGGCCACGACCUCGCUUCAUGAGUUCCCCAGUCCUCAGUGACCUGCCACGUUUCCAGGCAGCGCGGCAGGCUCUGCAGCUCAGCUCCAACUCAGCAUGGAACAGCGUUCAAACAGCAGUGAUAAAUGUGUUCAAAGGGGGAGGCUUACAGAACAAUGAACUUUACACCCUCAAUGAAAAUAUCAGACGGCUGCUGAAGAGUGAACUGGGAUCCUUCAUCACUGAUUACUUUCAGAACCAGCUCCUUGCGAAAGGCUUGCUGUUUAUAGAGGAGAAGGUUAAGCUGUGUGAAGGUGAGGAUCGCAUUGAUAUCCUGUCUGAAAUUUGGGAUCACUACUUUACAGAGACUCUUCCAACGCUCCAGGCAAUAUUCUACCCUGUCCAGGGUCAGGAGUUGACUAUCCGUCAGAUUGCUCUUCUUGGCUUCAGAGACUUGGUGUUGCUAAAAGUGAAGUUGGAAGAAAUUCUUCCUCUGGUCCAGACAAAGCUCCCAGCUUCCAUUGUCCAGAUGCUGUUAAUUCUGCAGAGUGUCCACGAGCCCACUGGCCCUAGUGAGGGCUACCUACAGCUGGAAGAACUGGUCAAGCAGGUGGUGUCACCGUACUUGGGUUUAUGCGAGGAUCACAGCUUCUCUGGUGGCACUUGCUUGCUUGAGAGGCGGUACUCCAGAUCCCGUCCUAAGGCUGGUGCACUGAAUUAUUCGUCUCACCUGGUGACGAGUCGGCAGCCCAGUGAGAUGGCCCUGACGCCGUUGACAGAGCAGGAGGGGGAGGCUUAUCUGGAGAAAUGUGGUAGCAUCCGGCGCCACACCGUUGCCAAUGCUCACUCGGAUAUUCAGCUCCUGGCGAUGGCCUCCAUGAUGCACACAGGAAUGGUGAUCGAGGAGUCAGACAGUAAUGACAAAUGCCUCCUCCUGCAGCCCAGCUUCAGCCACAGGCAGUGCUCCAGCGAGCCCAGUAUUGCUGACGGGCCAGAGGGAGUCAUGGCUGCAGGUAGGCAGGACUCCGCAGAGCUGAACUGCACGUCGGUCAGCUAGAAGAAGUCUCGCUGAGGAGAGGAGAACUGUAUGCAUGAAGCUGGACUUGUCGUCCCCGCUGGGAAAAGGGGAAAACUCACGUUUUGCUCCAGCCGUUGAAAUGGCCUUGUGGACCUAAUGUCUCUUUGGGAAUGCUAGAUCUGUUUUUCGUUCCUGUUUGUGAUCGUUGUUGAUAGAGGUACCAGCCUGCUCCCGAACGAGCACUGAGGGCUGCAAAGUUGAACAUUGCAGUCUACUUUAUAUAAGGUUUCCUUCUGUUCUAGCCCAAACCUUCUGGCCUCAGGUUCCCUUCUGUUUUCUUGGUAUGAUAUAAAUUAGUCUCUUUCUGCUUUUCUCUGUCUUUCCUGGUUUCAUGCUACUUGUUUGCUCUUUGCUCCAGCAGUAGAAAGCCCUGUGCUGAAUGUUCUGGCUGCUUCUGGCACUGGAGUGGGAAUGGCUGAGGACUGCAUUUUUUUCUUUUUAAGUUGAACUCAGGGGUGAAACCACUUGUGUCUUGCAGAAAGGUCUGCUCAGAUGGCUUGUGAGAGAAGGAGAUCCCCUUUGCUUGCCUCCCAUGGGCGUGGGUUUCAAGUCCAAAUCUGAAGAAACCGGAUUUCCCCCGCCCCGUUCCUGAACAGAAGUGAAUAUACAUGGCAUCUCAGACGAGCACUUCAAAUGUACUUUAUUUAGUUCCAGUAGUGUCUCUGGGGGGUGGUGGUGUAAAUUGGGUGCAAAGGAGGGAGGUGUAAAUUAGGGACAAAAUACAGUCCUGAGCAUCCUGGCACUAAUUUUCUCUCCAAAUGUUGGCAGUGUGUGGUUGGGCUGCAAUAAAAGGAGAAACCUAAAUGGAUCCCUUCAGAAAGGCAAUGCUCAGCAGUGUCUGCGCUUCUGUUGUGAGAGAGCAUUGAACAUUCUCCAGGCUGGGCCAUCCCGAUUCCAGACCAGGAGGUGACAUACAGCAUUUCAUCCCUGGGCUGCGCUGCUGCUCCCUGCACGUGCAGAUUUUGUGAGACCAAAGACAACCAGCUGGGUGCAGAAAGGAGCCUGUCUCUAUAGUACAUUCGUGAAGUGCUUCUGACCUCCAGUGGUAUCUGGUUCAGUGCAGCGUUUCUCUUAAGGUAAAGCGAGGGCUGUUUGCAGUCUCUGUUUCUGUUUUUAUUCUGAAGAUCAGGAGUGGGUCCAGCUUGCCAGUGUCCGUGUGUGCCAGGCGCUGCAGCCCGCAGUGCCUGCUGUAUAGCACCACUCGGCACUCAAAUGCUGCUUCUAUGGGAACAGAACCGAUCUGUUCGAGCAGUCCCCUGGGAUGUUCUGCUGAUGUCUUGCUAAGCAGAUUUGCAAGUGUAAUUGCAGGCUUAGAGGUGAACUGAAAUGCUGCCCUAAAUGUCAAAUCCCAUUAAAAAAUAUGGGUAUAACACCACUGCCACCAGAAUCCAGUCCCUGUGAUACUGACACAAAUAAAUCUAUCCCGACAAGGAAGCAGAAGGUUAGGAUGAGAGCCUUCAGGACGUUUCUUUUUCGCAUGCUAUGACAUCAGUUACAGAGUUUGCCCUGCUGCUGUUGGGCAUUAAGCACCCUUUGCUGCACUGAGAGCACAGCUCAGACCUGUCAAGAACUGGCCUUAGGAGCAUGUGCAGCAAAACAGAAGCAGAUGAUUAUUUUGUAACAAAGCAUCUGGAAUAGCAAAUCAUCGCUGAGCUGGUGCUGAUAAACAAGGGUGUUGCUUUG